CACCUGUUAAGGUUGAUGAAUACUGGUUUAACCAGUUAACCUUUCACAUCCCUGUUUCCUUCCAUAGUGAACAGAAACUGUUGGUUAUGAUCAAAUGAACUGAUUCAUUAUGACAGUUUGUAAUGCAGCAGGUGUGAUGAGUAAUUGGAUGCAUUUUCUCAGAUCUGUCAUUGCAAUUCAACAGGCCUGCUACCCAUCCCCAAGGCUGACUUAUUUCUUUUCCCCCAAACUGAGUUGGAACAUUUAAGUCAAAUGCAUGUUGAACAUCUGUUUAAUAUGAGCCCAAGAAGAGAUGUAAGUAGAAGGAAUGAAGUAGUACUGCUUUUUUUUCUUUGCUGUACUUGGAGUGUUUUCUAUAUAUAAUAUUAUGCAGGAGUUUGACUUGCUUAAUGUCCAAUGGUAUGGACUUCUGCGGUCUCCAGUCUUGUUAGCUUAUUUUACUUCCAUUGCAGUACUUGCGUGAUAUUGAGAGUAGUGGUAGCUUGGCUGAUUUUAAAAGGUAACUUGGUGAUUUUAUUUUUCCUUGACAAAUUGCUACAAAGCUCUCCUGUUCAGACUAUGGACCGUGAGUGUCUAAAUGUUCAGCAUAACUAUAUUAAUCCACGUUUCUUACAGUUUUCAAACCAUAAUUUCUUAUAUCGAUGAGCAAUUUGAGCGGUAUCUGCAUGACGAGAGUGGCUUGAACAGGCGGCAUAUUGUAGAUAACCGGGUGCACUGUUGCUUCUACUUCAUUUCACCGUUCGGUCAUGGUCUUAAGCCCUUGGAUGUUGAGUUUAUGAAGGCCAUACACAACAAAGUGAAUAUUGUACCUGUCAUUGCAAAAGCUGAUACACUCACUCUGAAGGAACGGGAAAGGUUGAAGAAAAGGAUUCUGGAUGAAAUUGAACAACAUGGCAUUAAGAUUUAUCACUUGCCUGAUGCUGAAUCAGAUGAGGAUGAAGAUUUUAAAGAACAGACCAGGCUCCUGAAGGCCAGUAUCCCAUUUUGUGUAGUGGGAUCCAAUCAGUUGAUUGAAGCCAAAGGUAAAAAAGUUAGAGGUCGUCUCUACCCAUGGGGCGUAGUUGAAGUGGAGAACCCAGAACACAACGACUUUCUGAAGCUGAGAACCAUGCUAAUCACCCAUAUGCAAGAUCUUCAGGAAGUGACCCAGGACCUUCACUAUGAGAACUUCCGCUCUGAGAGACUUAAAAGAGGCGGCAGGAAAGUUGAAGAUGAGGAAGUGAAUAAAGAUCAAAUUUUGCUGGAAAAGGAAGCUGAACUUCGUCGCAUGCAAGAGAUGAUUGCAAGAAUGCAGGCUCAAAUGCAAAUACAGAUGCAAGGUGGUGAGGGAGACAGCAGUGCAGUUCAUGGACACCAUGUAUAAAUUCUUUGAUGACUUCAUCUGCAGACUAAGAGGAAACUUUCCAGUGUUGGAAUGCCAUGGUGUCUCACUGGGAAGGAUGUCUCUUACAUCGCCUGUGUCUGGGAAGACAAGCUAGUGUAUUAUGUGCAUGGUAACUUUUGUAGUAUGUCCUUUGUAACAAAUUAGUAUUCGGUCACUAUUUCAUAUGUUAUAUAGAGAAUGUGAUUGGAUUUAGUGUUUUAUUGAGCUCAUUUUCUGUAACCCAGUAUAUUAGGAAUGCAAAAUGGAUGAUACUGAGCCUUUCUCAGCCUGAUUAAGCAGGAGUCACUCUAUUUACAUAGCUCACUAGCACCAUGAGUCAUACUACUUAUUACUCCUAGAGCAAGGUGACUGGGCUAUAGGUCGUCUAGUGGCGUGAGACAUGGCUGAUUAGGGAGUCCAAUGCCAAGUUGUUGUUCUGGCUCCUACUUCUUGCAUUGUUUAACUGUUUGCCUGUGAGACUCUUGGCCAUUCCUCUGUUAUUGCCUUGGCAUUGCAAGUGUCUGAUUACAAACCAGGUCUGCCUGGCCUUCUCUAGGGAGACGAGAGAGAGAACUUUGUGGUGAAGGGGGCGUAGCAGUUAGCAAAUGUUUAUCACUUUUACAUUUGUCUUGAGGGAAAUAUCUUCUGGAUUCUGUUUAACUAAAACCCUCCACACUUUCUCUGUAGAGCAGCACAAAGCAGUAUUGUGUUGCACUGGUGCCUCUGCAGCAAGAGUAAACCAGAAUAAUGCUGAUGUUGGUAUACAAAGGGGGUAGAAAAGAGAAAUCUGCCUUAUGUUUUCCAAAGCAUCCGAAACUAACUUUCCUAAUGCAAUAGGGAGGAAGAACUUUCAAGCUAUUUUGAUAGUAUUGCAGUCAAUUGUAAUUAAAAUAUGAAUUAUAGAACAAUUUUUCCUUUUUAUAAAUGGAAAUCUGGUGCAACAAUAUAAAGCGGUCCAUUCUCACUUGGUCAGUGUAAAUUAUAAAUGUCUGCAUCAGUGAAAGAAUGUGGUUUAUAUUAAUUUUGCUGUGUGCCUGCGAUGAUAGAUGCUGGCUUGCCCUUAAACAACAGUCUCUCUCGUUAGAUAUGAAGGUGGUAGUAAGGGACACUUUUUGCCUGAGUAAGGCUUGCACUACACCAACCUACUGGUUGUUGUGUUUUGCACGUGUCAGGGUAUGAUAUAGCCAUUGCGGCACAAGCCCAGCUGCUGACAUAUUGUUGCCAUUUGCUGAAUGACUGGUCUUCUCUACUUCCCAUUCUAAAGCCAACCAUUGGAUUUCAUAAUAGGCUGUGCUACAGUAAAAUUAGCUACCAGAGCGGUUUACAACCCUUCAGCACAAGAGAGAUAAUACAAAUGGCACCCUCACAAAAUGCUGAGCUCUUCGAUUUUCUACACAGCACUGCCUUUGCUCAUCUUCUUCUACAUUUUAUACCAGAGAUAAAAAGUAAUUUAAUCCUGCAGCUAAUAUAUAAUCUGUUUUAAAAUUCCAUAAAUUGUAGUUUUAAUGGUCACUAAAUGACUAGUUUAAAAGUCAUUGUUUAAAGUUUAAACAUAGUUUAAAGGCCUGCUACUGAACAAAUUAGCUUUAUAUUUUGAAUCUCUUUUUAAUAUCUACAGUAAAACCCACUGCACUCUUCUGCUUCUAAAGCAGCUGCUAUUUCAUGAGCUGCUCAUCAUCCUACUCAUUUCUCCUUAUUUUUGUUCACAAUGAAGAAAGCAAAAGCAGGGGUCUUACAGAUUUCUGCUUUACCAGAUGCACAGGAUUAAUGAGUCUUUGCUUGCUAAAUGGGCAAAUAAAAAUUAGUAGAGAGAGAAAUGUCAGUGUUUACAUUUUGCCUUUUCCUGACAGAAGAGAUCGUAAUAAGGCAUUUCACUAUUACUACAGAGAACUUUCUAGCCAUCUUGCUUAAUUUUUUUUCAAUAUCUCGAGCAUAUUGGUAUACUGAAGAAGUGACCCUAAAUAGACCAGAAAUAAUACAAGCUUCAGUGAAGGCAUUAGAAUAAACACUUUAAAAUGCCUGAUAUCCUUUUCUUUAGCCCCAGUGGUUUUCUUCGAAUAGUGCAGCUAAGCACCUCUGUGCACAUUUGAGGGUGCUCAUAUAGUAUCAGUUAAAAUAAAAUUCUUACUGUCAUUUUACAGAGAUUGCACAUAGCACAUUUUGAAGUGCUGUCCUUUUUUCCAGGAAAAACUGUUACAUAAAAACAUUUCCAUGUCUUUCUUCAGAGGUCAGUACUGUGAGAUAAACAGCAAUAUUAUUUGUAACCAGUAUUAGAAGAAAAAACUUGUGAAAGCUUAUAUACACGCGCGCGCACACACACGCAAGUGGCAAAUACCUACUUAGUUAGCCCUGUUAUAUUCCCUUGGUUGAGGGACCACCCCCUUCCUGUAUUCCUUAAGACAACUUCUGCUUGGAAUGAAGAGAGAGUCUGUAUUCAGUGUAGAUUACAUAGGCUGAGCUCCAGUUGUGGAAUUGUCAUGUGAGAGUUCUUAGGAUUUGCUGGGUAAUAUGUACUAAACAGCUCACUCUUGCAACAAGAGCAUGAUGGAUAGUUAAGUAAGUUGAUUUAAACGUUCUCAUUUUUUUUCAACACAAGUGGGAAUUCUUGGGAUUCGCUAUCUUAAUGGAUGGAAUUUUUGUGGCUGCCAGUUGCUUCCCCACAUACACUUGUCUGCAGCGGGGAGAGGUCCUAUGUGCCUGACAGCUGAGAGUCUCUUCUCUGCUUGGCCUUUGAUGUUCCUGAUUCCACCUGCUGUUCAUGUGCACAGUGACAUGAUUUCUAAAAUGAGCUGUUCUUUCUCAGCCCUCUGUUCCCCUGGACACCAACCAGUCUUGGAGUGAGGCAGAUGUCCUGCUCUGGAGUCCGGCAGAGUCACUGCCUGCUGAGCUGGUCACAGUUGCCCUGUUUUCUUUAGUCAAAGUAAUUAUUAGGAGUCAGUAUUGCUACACUUGCGGUGCUUCAUAUGUGCAAAGGGCUAUUUCUUUGUAUACAGAUAUUUUAAAUUGCUGUAUUCCGAUUGUGUAUUGUCAUUAAGCAAGACUUAUAUUAAUAAAAAUAUCGAAAUAUACA